AUGAAAAACUUCUACGAUGAAAUUGAGAUACACAUUAGAGGAUUGGAGUCAUUAGGUCAAAGUGAAGACACAUAUGGAGCGUUUUUAGUGCCCAUUAUUAUGAACAAACUACCCGGUGAAAUCCGCAGAAAUCUUGCCAGACAAUAUAGAUCUACAGAUUUACAACUGAAUGAAUUACGCCGUGGAAUUUUCGAUGAACUUUAUAUUAUGGAUGCAGGCAAAACUUCAGAACAGUUAGAACACCCUACAGCUACCGCCGCCUUUCUGACAAAUACAAAUUAUAGUAAUCGAAAUAGAGGUAACAAGAAUACAAACGCAACUAACACUAAACCCAAGCCACUCUGUGCGUACUGUAAGGAGCCACACUCGUCUGUUAAUUGCACUAAAGUAUCUGAUUACAAUGGCCGGAUGUCAAUCGUGAAAAAAGAUCGUUUAUGCUUUAACUGUCUAGGACACCAUAGCUUAUCCGCAUGUAAAUCUACAAAAACUUGCAACAAGUGUCACAAACGUCAUCACACCAGCAUUUGCAAAGACAAUGUUAAAACAAAUGAAAACAACAAACCAACAGGGGAUAUAACCGUAGGCACAAUUCAACACAACGCGGAGGAACAAGACACUGUUUUACACUCGCAAUCGACAGAUCGUGUACUUUUGAAGACAGCAAUUAACCCAGUAAGUGCAGAACAUGAAAUACUUGAUGCAAAAAUAUUGUUUGACGAAGGCGCACAGCGCUCAUUUAUCACAGAGGAAUUAGCCGAAAAAUUGAAACUCAAACCUACUGGAACUGAAAGCGUUAACCUAUCCGGAUUUGGAGACAAUGCAAAUAGUACUAAAAUUCGCCAUUUGAGUACAGGAUUGGUAUAUCUCAUAACUACAGAGGGUAAACUUCCGAUUCGAGUCUUGAUCGUUCCAGAGAUCGCAGUACCGAUGAGAACCUAUGUACGCCAAGCAGCAAAACUUACAUAUUUGUCAGGAAUCAAAUUAGCUCACCCAGUAACAGCAGAUGAAAACUUUGAAAUUUCUAUUCUAAUUGGAGCUGAUUACUUCUGGUCAAUUGUUCAGAAUGAUAUUAUCCGAGGCGAAGGACCGACAGCUGUUCAAUCAAAAAUCGGAUACCUGUUGUCUGGAACGCUACAUUCACACAACUCUGACACAGAUGGAUACAAGAGGGCUUCAAUGAUGAACGUGAUGAUCGCAACAAAAACCGAUGAGUACGACUUCAUCGCCAUUCAUACUGAAUUCCGUUCUACAAAAACACUUGAGAGAGAACCGUUGUGA